AUGCUGCCCUGCAGGCUCCUGGGUCUGCUGGCUCUCCUCGUGCUCUGCAAAGGUCAGGAGGAGAGUGGGACGGUUGAGUCCUGCGACAACUUCACAGACCUCGACCUGUCCCAUUGCUUCAUGGGAACCAGCCUGUACGUCCGGCUGCUGCUCUACACCCGCUCCAACCUUGACUGCGGACGCGAGCUCAACCACCACCACCUGUCCACCCAGCCACUCUUCAACCUGUCACGCCCCACCGCCUUCAUCAUCCACGGCUACAGGCCCACUGGAGCGCCCCCCAUCUGGAUAGACCACCUCGUCCACCUGCUGGCCAAGCAGGAGGACAUGAAUGUCAUCGUGGUGGACUGGAACAGGGGGGCAGCCAACCUCAACUACUUCACAGCAGUGAGCUACAGCAGGGAGGCGGCUUACAACCUGACCGGCUUCAUCAUGACCAUGCAGGAGGAAGGAGCUUCUCUGAGCUCAGUCCAUCUCAUCGGUGUCAGUCUGGGAGCUCACCUGGCUGGAUUUGUAGGAGCAAACCUGAAGGGGAAGAUUGGACGAAUCACAGGUCUGGACCCAGCAGGACCGAUGUUCACUAGCACCACACCAGAGGAGAGGCUGGACCCAUCAGACGCCAUGUUUGUGGACGUACUUCACACAGACAUGAACUCAUUCGGACUGAAUGGAGCUCAUGGUCAUAUUGACUUCUAUGCCAACGGUGGAGCCGACCAACCAGGGUGUCCUAAAACCAUCUUUGCAGGUAAAUCUUAUUUUGUGUGUGACCACCAGCGCUCAGUGUUUCUGUUCCUGUGCUCUCUGAACCGGACCUGCAGCCUGACAGGUUACCCGUGCUCGUCCUACAGCGACUUCCUGGAGGGACGGUGUCUGCAGUGUGAGGCCUUCAAACCUGCGUCCUGCCCCGUGCUGGGUUAUGAUGUCAGCCAGUGGAGAGAGACUCUGCUGCAACUGGGACAGACCAAAGUCUUCUUCAGCACCACGGCCACGCUGCCCUACAGGAAGCUGAGCUACAGAGUGGACAUGGUGACCUGGAACCAGUACCUCCGCUGGGGGGUCGUCUACAUCCGUCUGCACAGUGGAAGAAACUUCACAGAGGCUCGAAUAGACCAUAAGCUCCUCCGGUUUGAGCAGUACACCUCCACCCGGCUGCUGGCCCAGUUCGACGAUGAUCUACAGCAUGUCCAGAAGAUCUCGCUGCGCGUCAACACUGGCAACGUGAUCGGCCCUCGUUACAAAAUCAGACUGCUGCGAAUACGCUUCACACCGCUGGAGCGUCCUGAGAGGCCUUUAAUGUGCCGUUUUGACAUCAUCAUGGAGGAGAACAUGGAGGUGGCGUUUCGACCUUUACCCUGCAACUCUCGCCUCUGA